AAAGGAGGUCGGGAUGGACGGAAAGGGCACCCUGAAGAUGUUCACCAGGAAGAAGCGCGAGCUCAUCAAGACACCGUCCAUCUCGAAGAAAAGUCGAGCCGGAAGCCCCGGGCCGCAGAGCAGCGCCCCGUCUUUGUCCAUUCUCCAGGAGCAACCUCGGAAAGAUGGCAGCCACUCCGCUCCCUCCUCCUCACUUUCAUCUUCUUCUUCUACUUCUACUCUUAUGACGUCCUCAGCCAGCCUCCAGGACCCGUUGGCGUCAUGCCCGGGCACACCCAGCACCCAGCACGGCAAGCUGGCGGCGAUGCAAGUGGUGGGCUGCGUGUCUCCUGCAGCCACUCUGAAGAGACCAACCGCCCUGAGCCGACACGCAAGUGCCGCAGGGUUUGCGCUCCCAUCAUGGGUUCACACAAAAGCCCAAGGGAAGGGAACCUCGACACCGUCUCCUCAGUCUGAGGGUCCGGAGAGCACAGCCAUCGAGGUGGAGGAUAUUCCAGCUCUGCUGAGGGACGUGGCUCGCUUCGCGGAGGCUGUGGAGAAGCUUAAAGAUGUCGUGCUGACUGAGGGGAAGGAGAGCCAGCGACCCAUAGCACAUGAAUGUUUGGGAGAGGUGCUGCGGGUUCUGCGUCAGGUCAUCAACACCUACCCUCUGCUCAACACUGUGGAGAUCCUCACGGCUGCUGGAAAACUCAUAUCUAAGGUCAAAGGUUUCCACUACGAGGCGUGCAAUGAGACGGACAAGAAGGACUUCGAGAAGGCCAUCGAAACCAUCGCUGUUGCUUUUAGUAGCAAUGUGUCUGAACUGUUGAUGGGAGAAGUGGACAGCAGCACCCUGCUCUCUCUGCUGCCCACGGAGAAGAGCAGAUCAAUGGAGAACCUCUACGCUGCGACGGGUCAGGGAGCAGAAGGAGGACACUUCCGGAGCGACCUGCAGGACGUGGGCAGAGUUGAGGAAGUGGAUGUGAUCCUGCAGCGCAGCGAGGGUGGGGUGGACUCGGCUCUGCUCUAUGCCAAGACCAUUUCCAAAUACAUGAAGGACCUGAUGGGUUACGUGGAAAAGAGAACUUCACUGGAGACCGAGUUUUCCAAAGGACUUCAGAAACUGUAUCAGUCCAGCAAACAUAGCAUAACACAUCCCCAUAUGCCCCUGUUCUCCAUCUACUCCCUGGCUCUGGAGCAGGAUCAGGAGCAGAGUGUGGGUCUGCAGCAGGCGAGCACCACCCUGCACACCCAGACCUUCAUCCAGCCUCUGAUGCAGCGCAAGCAGGAGCAUGAGAAGAGGCGGAAGGAGAUCAAGGAGCUGUGGAUUCGAGCCAAGAGAAAACUGAUGGAGUGUGAGACGAACCUGCGAAAAGCCAAGCAAAUUUACAUGGCCCGCUGCGAGGAGUACGAGAAGGCUAAAACGGCAGCCUGCCGAGCCGAAGAGGAGGGAGGUGGCUCAACAGCAAAGUCUCUGGAGAAGAAAAAACGAGUGGAAGAAGAAGCUCACAACAAGGCAGACGAGGCGGAGGCCACCUACCGUACCUGUAUAGCAGAUGCCACCACUCAGCAGCUGGAGCUGGAGCACACGAAGGUCACAGUGCUGAGGCAGCUGCAGGAUGUCAUCAAACAGAGCGAUCAGACGCUCCGCUCGGCGACCAUCUCCUACUAUCAGCUCAUGCACAUGCAGACGGUCGCCUUGCCGGUCCACUACCAGACUCUGUGUGAGAGCAGCAAACUGUACGACCCCGGCCAUCAGUAUGCUGCCCACGUACGAGACCUUCAGCUCCCCGAGCAGCCUGGCAUCCACUACAUGUUUGAGGCAUACUCCCCCUCCAGCUCAUCACAACACGGCUACAGACCCAGAAAUGAUAGCUUCAAUACCGACACAAGUCAAACGGACUGUCCUGCCAUCAGUACGGAUUCAUCGGCUGCAGAUUCAGAGGCUCACCGCAAACGACAAGGGCACAAGUCAUGGGGUUCAACGGUGAGUAACGACAGUGUUGGAGGAGAGGGAGGCCUGGAUUUUCCCUCCACCAGCACAGGUGACAUCCCUAAAAUUGCUCGAACGUCAUCAACUGGAACAAUGUCGUCUGACGAGGAAGCCGAUGAGAAAGAUGGAAACGUGGCUUCGUUUGAAACUCCAAAUAUUAACGGCAUGGAUCCAGACGUGGUUGUUUCUGCCAGACCAUUCCGAAACAUUGGCUUGUCCAAAGCGGCUCAGACACACCGGCUGAGGAAACUACGAACUCCCGCCAAAUGCCGUGAAUGUGACAGCUAUGUUUACUUCCAAGGAGCUGAGUGCGAGGAGUGUUUCCUGGCAUGUCAUAAACGCUGUCUGGAGACUCUGGCCAUCCAGUGUGGUCACAAGAAGCUGCAGGGCCGCCUGCAGCUGUUCGGUCGAGACUUCUCUCAGGUAGCCAGCUGUGCCAGUGACGGCAUCCCCUUCAUCAUCACCAAGUGCAUCUCUGAAAUAGAGAGGCGUGCGCUCAAGAUGAAGGGAAUCUACAGAGUAAAUGGGGUGAAGACUCGUGUGGAGAAACUGUGUCAGGCCUUUGAGAACGGGAAGGAACUGGUGGAGCUGUCUCAGUGUUCGCCGCACGACAUCAGCAACGUCCUCAAGCUUUAUCUAAGACAGCUGCCUGAGCCCAUCAUGCCUUUCCGUCUGUACAACAGGCUGAUGGGCUUGGCCAAAGAGAGUCUGCAGGGAGAGGGGGAGGAGGCCGACUCCAGUUCCACUAACCCAGCUGCGGUCAGGGGUCCCGAGCUGGUGGACUUGGGCCCUGAUACCGACCCAGAGGUCCUGGUCUUGGUGGGCAGUCUCAAAGAGGUCCUUAAGGAGCUUCCCAAAGCUAACUUGGCUACGCUUCGCUACAUCAUUCGGCACCUUCGAAGGAUCGCAGAGCUGGAGGAAGAUAACAAAAUGAGUCCCAGUAACUUGGGGAUCGUGUUUGGGCCCUCUUUGAUGAGGCCUCGUCCAACCGGAGCCACAAUAUCCCUGUCCUCUCUUGUUGAUUACCCCCAUCAGGCCCGUGUUGUGGAGGCCCUCAUAGUCUUCUACUCAUCUGUCUUCCAGUCCAAAACCUCUCAGUCCAACAAAACGUCCCGCUCUGCAUCCAGCUUCACUCAGCAGGACAGUACCACACGUGAGAAGAUGGGCAGUGUUGGUGAUGAAGAUGACGGCAGCAGACGCGAGCAGAACAAACCGGACUCUGACAAGCCGGAGGAUGGAUGUGGAAGUUCUUUAGGCUCAUUGGGUUCCAGCGAGCAGCUCCCUGAUUCGGACUCGGAGCUAGACGAGAUGGGCCAAAGACCCUUAAGCCUGGUGAAGCAGGAGAGUGAGGCGAGCAUGGACGAAUACCAGCUGAGCUUCAGGGACAGCCUGGACCUGUCCGGUCAGACGGCUACUCACACAGACCUUGAGCAGGAUGCAGAACAGGACCACAGCCCAGAGGGAGAAGGGCCACCCGCUCUGCCGGACAGCGGGCCUCCAGACGAAGCAGCAGUCGAGCAGGAAGUGACGACCUCUCUCGCAGAGCUCAAUGUAAACCAAUCCAAUAAUAAUAAAGCCUCUUCUCCUGUAUCAAGCCUGUCUGGUGUCCCACUGACCUGCCUGUGUGGGAAGAAUUUACCCCUGACAAGAAACCGGGACACUGAGCCUGAAUUUGUCUAAGGUCGUGAUCAAAGUGUUUGUGUAGUCUGAUGGGACUGAAUGUGGGUUUAUACGUUUAAGGUCUAAAAGUGAGAAGGUAUUU